CUGAGUUUAGGGAGGCGGUCUAUAAGAAGUGUGGCCAGGCUGCAGUGUGUCACACUCCAGCCUUGCUUCACCAGUGGAAGAAGAGCAAAGAGAAGAGCAGCAAAUGGGUUCUCUGGUUGUGUUGCUUCUGAUCGUAUCGGGCGCCUUGGCUGAGGUGACGGAGUGUACCGGCGGUUCCAACAGAGCAAUGCCGGCGCCAACAGAGCACACCGCUCGGGAAGGAAAGGCUUCGUCAGAUCACCCUAGAGUGAUACUACUCCAGCCGAUUACCACGGAAGAGUCCUCCGGAGAAUAUCCGCGCCCGACUCCUAUAAACAGUGUCUGCAUGAUGAAGGUGAAAUGCGCAGACGCCAGCCCUAUUUACUAUGCCGAGGAGCUUCAGAGGGACGAGGAAUAUCAGGACGCGCCAAGCACUGCUCAGGAAACGACAGCUGCAACGUCGAGUACCGGCUCGCCAAAGCCGACACCACCUCCUGUGCCGUGCACUGUGGAAAUACAAGUGCUGCAGAAGUUCCGCGGGCAGUGCGUGCGGCUGGGCCAGCACUUCGGCGGCUGCCGCGCGGGGCCGUUCGUGUCGCCGCUGCAGCCCCCCUGCCACCCCCCACCGGAACACUAGCGGGCGCUGCAGCGCCGCGUCGCUUCUCGUCACGUCCAUCGGCUGGCUGUUGGCUCGCUUUUAAACU